CAUUUACUUUAUGAGCUAGAUUUAUGUAAAAGAUUUUAAACCCUUACAACGUGGAAGAGUAGUUUCAUAAUUUCGCUCAGACGUCUAUAUUUCAAAAUUUAUUUUCACAAAAUAUGCUUACAUGAAUUGCGCGGGCGGAAGAAUGUUUCGGCAUAAAUUUGUAGCUUAGCCAAUUAAAAAUCUGUAGCUUUUGAAAAGCAAUAAAAACCAUUGAAUCUGCAAGUAUGGAGAACCGCCCAAGUGCCUUCAACCCGGAUACCAUCAAUGAGCUUUUCAAGCUGGUUUGGACCCAAACAAGCAAGGAACGCGCUCAAAAGGAGGAGGGAGAAGCUGAAACAGAGGUUGGUGCUGUAGCAUUGAAAAAGAGUCGAACUACUACAGUGAAUGCCAAUGCUUUGAAGCUGAGCUGUGAACUUCUGAGGCUUUUUGUUACAGAGACUGUUCAACGUACUGCUAUAGUUGCUGAAGCAGAAGGGAUCACUCAAAUCGAGGGUACACACCUUGAGAGAAUAUUACCCCAGCUGCUUCUUGAUUUCUAAAUUGGGCACUCAAUGGUUUACACUCAGACUUGUACUUGAAUUUGUUCCAAAUUUUUAAUGCUUGUUAAAUUACACUCCAAACACUUUUUUCUGUGAAAACAUCAACACUGGGUGGUAGUUAUUCCUCUAUAGUGGCAUAAUCAUGGUAGUAAAGCCAUGAGAUACUCUCCUUAAUGGGACUUUAAAUGAUCUGUAAGCUACGAUGGUUAUGCUAUACAAUAUUCAUCAACAUUUGGAUUCAAA